AAACAACCAUUACCAAAGUACACUUUUUUCUUCUGUAUCAAUUCAGAUCAGGAGAACUGUGAGAAAGAAAUGUUCCUGUUCCUUUUCAGCCAUUACUGGUCGAUGCUGUCUGCCUGGCACUUUGCAACUGAGCCUUGUCAGCCGGCAGCCCUGGGAGUGUGGCAGCUGCGGUUCAAACACUUUUCUGGGGCACUGGCCUUGCACCAGGUUGGGCAGAGAGAGGUGGGAAGCUGCUGCAAAUUGGUUCUCUCCAUCCCUGUGAAUAUAUGUCAAGCGAAGAGCUGGCAGAAUGGGCAAGGCAAGGCAGCAGCUGCCAAGAGGAAAUUACCAUCCAGCAUGAAAGGCUGGAGGGAAGUAGACUGAAUGACAGUAAGGGGGAGAAUGUGGGUGGAAAAUGUCCUGGCAGUCACUCACAAGUGUGCUGCUCCCUCAUUUGAGAGUGCAGCUAUGGGCAAGCAAACCAACAGGGCUUGGGUAAGAGGCUUCAAAGAGUGCUGAGAGAGCUGCAGAUGUUAUCGCUAAACCAUUCUCCAUCAUCUCUGAAAGGUCACGGAGUAUAGGAGGGGUGCCUGAGGACUGGAGGAAAGCCAGUGUCGCUCCAGUCUUGAAAAAGUGCAAGAAGGAGGACCUAGGAAAUUAUAGGCCAUUAAUCUCACCUUCAUCCUUCGAACAACCCAUCCUGGAUGUCAUCUCUAAGCAAGUGGAGGAAAAGAAGGUUAUCAGGAGUAGUCAACAUGGAUUCACCAAGGGAAAUGGGCUGGGUUAGUGGCCAGUGAGGCAGACUGAGAGCUGGCUGAGUGGCAGAGCUCAGUGUUGAGAUCAGGAUAGUUGGAGGGCUUUAGCAAGCGGUGUUCCCAGGGGUCAGUACUGGGCCCAGUCUUGUUCACCCUAUUAAUCAGUGACCUGAAUGGACAGAGUGUACCUGCAGUAAGUUUGAUGAUAAUACAAAACUAGGGGGAGUGGCUGACACACCCAAGUGCUGUGCAGCCAUGCUGCAAGACCUGGACAGGCACACGAGCCAGGCAGAGAGGAACCUAGUGAAGUUCAAAGAAGGCAGGUGCAGGGUCCAGCACUUGAGGAAGAAAAACCUAGGGCACCAGCAUAGGCUGGGAGCUGACCUGCUGGAAAGCAGCUCUGCAGAAAAGGAGAAGUGAGCCAGCAGUGUGUCCUUGUGGCCAAAAAGGCCAGUGGUAUCCUGGGGUGUAUUAGGAAGAAUGUGGUCAGCAGGUCAAGGGAGGUGAUCCUGCCCUUCUCCUCAGCCCUGGUGAGGCCACAUCUGGAGUGCUGUGUCCAGUUCUGGGCUCCUCAGGACAAGAGAGACCUUGACAUGGAGUAGGUCCAGCAGAGGAAUAUAAAGAUGGCUGGGGACCGGAGCUUAUGAGGACUUGGACUUGCUUAUGAGGAAAGGGUGAAAGAGCUAGGAUUGUUUAUUCUGGAGAGGAGGCAACUAAGCAUCAGUGCUUACAACUAUCUUUAAGGGCAGUUGACAAGAGGAUAGGAUUAGACUUUUCAGUGGUGCCCAGGGACAGGGAAAGGGGCAAAAGGCACAAACUGAAACACAGGAAGUUCCAUCUUCCAAAUAUAAGGGAAAUGUUUUCUACUUUGAGGGUGACAGAGCAACAUCUCCCAUUUGCAGGUUAUUUUGAAAGGUAUGAUUGCAAUGUAGUGUAUCCUAAUUGAUUAAGAAUAGAAGGCGAGUAAAAGCCAUGGGGCUUUUUAGAGUGCCAUAGUCCUAGAGCUACAAAUGGAUCUGCUGGUUUUAGCACAGCAGUCCCCACACUCACAGUUCAUUGGAGCACUGAGUAUUGCUUGUAGAUAUACAUGUUUCAAGGUUGGGUUGACAGAGAGAAGAAGAGAUGUAGCUGGUGGGCCAGUGCAAGCUGGGAGCUGCUGGUUUUGUUUUUUUUCACUCCUGGCCAGUACUGCAGCUACCAGGUUAAAGCAUCUCCUUCAUUUCAAGUUUUUUCCGGAUGCAACAUGAGAACUUCUGAAGUUUAUCUCACACUUCCAGAUACGUGAUAGCUGCAAAACGCCAGGCGCUUGGCAUGAGGCUGCCACAUGCUCUGUGGUAUCCUGCACAGGAUUCCCAGGCAUGCAACAGCCUGGCAAGAGCAAUGCCACGUACCAAAAAAGCCAUUUUAGGAUGUGUGAGAUCUAUGUGUACCCUGCAAUUACUCUGAGAGACUCUGUAAAUGCACCUAGCAGAAGGAGCACAUGCUGUCCAUGCACCUUACAAAAAUUUGUAUGCCUGUCUGAGAAAUGUGUCUACUAGUGAUGAGUGUAAAUAUUUCCUAAAUUUUGCCAUAACAGUAGAAAAAUCCAAUUAAAUCAAGGUACUCAGAGGGAUGGAGUGCAUAUCCUAUGAAGACAGGCUGAGAGAGUUGGAAUUGUUCAGCCUGGAGAAGGUUCUGGGGACACCUUAGAGCAGCCUUCCUGAAGGGCCUGCAGGAGAACUGGAGAGAGACAUUUUACAAGGGCAUGUAGUGACAGGACAAGGGGAAAUCUGACAGAGGGGAGGUUUAGGUGAUAUAUUAAGAAGAAAAUCCUUAGCGCAAGGGUGAUGAGACUGGAACAUGUUGCCCAGAGAAGCUGUGGAUGCCCCAUUCCUGGAAGUGUUCAAGACCAGGUUGGAUGGGGCUUUGAGCAACCUGGUCUAUCCUGGUCGUCCCUGCCCAUGGGAGGGGGAUUUGAACUAGAUAAUCUUCAAGGUCCAUUCCAAUCGAAACCAUUCAGUGAGUCCAUGAUUCUGUGAAAUUGUGGCUUAUCUCCUUAUUUUGGUAGGGGCAUAAAGAGAGCUAGUACGGUGACUUGGUAGCUGGAUGUCUGUGAGAAUGUGGUGGAUAUUAGAACAUUCUGGCGGGUAAUUGAAUAUUCUGGUGGAUAUUUGCAUGUUCGGGUGGAUACACGAGCGGCGGUGGGUGCACCCUGCGGUGCCACAGGGACACUCGGCGGGAAGGGGGCGCGGGCGCUGCUCCGCCCCCGCUGGCCCGCAGGGGGCGCCGGCCGCCUCAGCCGCGCUCAGCGCCCGCCCCGCUGGGCCCGGGGAUCCGGGGCCGGUGCGGGGCUCUGAUCGCUGUCCUUAGGCGGGGAUGGCGGCGGAGGACGAGGCGGAGCUGAGCCUGCUGGAGUGCCGGGUGUGCUUCGAGCCGUACGGCCCCGACGGGCCGCGGCGGCCGCUCAACCUGCCCUGCGGGCACGUCCUCUGCCGGGGCUGCGUGGGGGCCCUGGCCGGCGGCGAGCGCCAGAGGCUGGAGUGUCCCUUCUGCCGGCGGCUCUGCGGCCCCGCCGACACCAGCGACUGCCGCCCGCUGCUGCAGCUGCUGGAGCUCCUGGGCCCCGCCGGCGGCCGCCUCGCCUCGGCCCUGGGCGGGAGCGGCGGAGGGGCGGCGGCGGCCCCCGCGGGGCUCGGGCUGCGGCUGUGCCUGGGGGGCUGGGGCUCGCUGGUGAACCCCACCGGGGUGGCGGCCUGCCCCGAGUCGGGCCGCCUGGCAGUGGCGCACGACGGCAAGAAGAGGAUCCACGUCUUCGGGCCGAGCGGGGUCUGCGUGCGGCGGUUCGGGGAGCGGGGGGACGCGGGCAACGACAUCAAGUAUGCGCUGGAUGUGACGGUCACGGCGGACGGGCACGUGGUGGUCACCGACGGCGGGGACUGCUCCGUGAAGGCCUUCGAUUUCGAGGGAAGGGGGGUCCUGGCCAUCCGGGAAGGCUUCUGUUUGCCCUGGGGCUUGGAUGCCACCCGCAAGAGCGAAGUAAUCCUGGCCGACUCGGAGGCAGGCGCGCUGUACCGCUUGGCGGCCGACUUCCGAAGGGGGGAAUUAAAGAAGUGUCAGAUGAUCCGGUCCCGGCUUGUCAGCCCCAGAGCUGUUGCGGUCUGCCGGACCUCGGGUGCUGUCGUGGUAACAGAGCACCUGGGAGCCCGAGGACCGAGCAAGGGCAGCACCCGCGUGAAGAUCUUCAGUGCGGAGAUGGAUCUCAUCGGCCAGAUGGACAGCUUCGGUGUGAACCUCGUUUUCCCCUGCAGAAUACACGCCACCGCUGUGGCCUUUGACAAGGAAGGUCGUGUUGUAGUAACGGAUGUUUGUAGCCAGGCUGUCAUAUGCUUAGGGAAACCGGAGGAAUUCCCGAUCUUUAAUCCUCUGAUUAGCCACGGGCUUUCUUAUCCUGUCGGACUGACUUACACGGCAAACAAUUCCCUCGUCGUUUUAGACAGCGGUGAUCAUUCAAUAAAAGUAUAUAGCUCUACCUGAGUGGGCUUAGGUGCUUGCUGCUGCAGGCCCGAGCUGCUUCUGGCCAUAAAGCAUGCGGAGUUCUGGAGUUUGUAGGAGUGGGGGGAUGAGGCAGUUUGGGGAGUUUGAGUGAAAUCACUCUCUGACCAGCACGCCAUGUCUCCUGCAAAACUUGGAUCGUGUCUCUUGCCUACCUGUGGGAGAGGACCUGGCUGUUGCUACCUGUAGCCAACAACAAAACAACCAAACAAAUCAUUUGGCAUUUCAAAACUAUGCCAUGCCUUGACAACCAAGUGGUUUGGGUUCUUUUUGACAAGUAAUCAAAGACCAGCACCUGUGAAAGUAACACAUCAACACAUCAUUUAUUUACAUUUCUCAGCACAUAGUUUUCACUAUUAUUAAUUAAGUAUAGAUACACUCCUGACAGAACUGUUUCCAGGAAUUGUGCACAAGGAAGAAGAUUGCCUUGACAGAAUGAUAAGAGAAUUGGAAGCCUCCAUUCAAGGUUGCAUAAAUCCAGCUAAAAGCAUUGUGAUGGAGGAGGUACCACUGAUGAGUGAGUUACGAGAAGUGAAAUCAUGUUCAAAGAUUUUUUUUUUCUGUACCAGGAAAAUGCAUUUCUGGGGGCACUCUUUUCUAGUUUACUGCCCACCUUUAUUAAGGUUGCACUGGAGCACUUUGUCUUUCUCUAAAAUGCUGAAGUCAGUAUCUUUACCUAGAGAUAAUCUGGUGUGUGGUUACACAGUGUGGGCUGCUUUGCCUAAAAACACCUUGAAGUAUUCACAUUUAGACCCCAAAUACUCCUGCAUAUGCAAGUUUGAGCUGGCUGUACUGCUAACAGAGCUACAUGCAGGAUAUUUUCAGCCCUGUCUGUGCCUAUUCUGUCAUUAAUAUGGUGGUUUUGUACUCCAAACUCCAGGAUUCAACUGCAAAUUGAAAUGUUAGUGAGAAGUAAGCCUCAUUUUUUUCCUAGCUUCCAAACGAGCUUUUGUUGAUUGUGAACACACGGGAGAUUUAGAUCAGUUUAUACUCUCUUAUUCUACUCACACUAAUAUUAUAUUCUCACAGUUUUACUGUGGGCACAAGUCCUUUUGCCUUAUUGCAUAGUGGAAAUUAUGGUAUGUAUGACUUAUUUUGAGAAGGAUUUUAUACCCCCACUAGAAGUCACUCCUGCAUUUUUAGGCAUUUAUUUGCUGCUAGAAUGACUACUUAGAUAGUUCAGCAUUAAAAUAAAGCUAGAUAUAACUGUAAAUUAUGUCUGAGGUAGAGAUGAGUAGGUUAAAAUGGAAUAAAACUUUUGGGGUAAUUGCUUUUUUUUUAGUAAUUGAAAUCAUUGAUAUUACCUAAUGUAAUUUCAAAUUCACAGGCAAUCCAUCAGUAAAUUUUUAUCUGGCUUUCAGUCUGACUUUAGGGCAUUUAAUAACUGCAUGUGUUACAGCACCAGUGAUUUACCAAAUACUUGCAUGAAAUUGGAGCAGUUUAGCCCUCUAAUUCAGCCAUGGUUAAUCUGUCUCAUGUCAACAUUUAUAUAAACAUGUCUAUUAAUUGCAGCUAUUUGUAAAGGUUCAUUGAACAGUAGCCUGCCAAUAAAGUGUGAUUUGCUUACUCCUAUAUUUUAGUAAUUUAGUGAUAAUUCCUCAUAUCUUUUCCUCACCUGUUUCCUUUUACACCAUUUCUGUAUUGCAGUUGCCCUGUAGAUGGUUUCUUCUUCUGUUUGGUGAUAUCCUGCAGAAGUUGUUGUAGGGCCAUUUUUUGCUAUUGAAAAUUAUAUGGGUGUGCACAGUUGGUGCUUUUCAGCCUUCUCUACUGCCUGGCCAAACAGCAAGUGCCUUUGGAAGAACCAGAAAUCCUUCUUGGCUGUUCUGCAGUAUGAGCUGGAGGGCCCUGAGCAGGAGCCCACUUGGGAGGCCAGGAAGAAAAUUUACUCAGAGAAGCAGACCCCUGGAUUAUAUAUUCCUUUCUAGACACCAGGGAGAUGCCUGCCUUUGAUAGAACCAAUUAGAAAACACUUCCUUUGAGGGACUGCUGUGUGUCAAAAUGCAUGCAAUGCUAUCAAUGCUGUUUUCAUACAUAAUUAAUACUUUGUCACAGUAGCACUUCCUCUGAACCAUGGGUUGUGAGCUUUCAUCUUCUCACUCUCCUUUAUGUGCGCCAGGAACUUGUUUUUGCUACUAAACUAAUGGACAGGCAAAUUUCCUAGGACCUACUGCCAUGUAGGCAACUUUCAAGCAGUUGAAAUGCUGGUUUUUAAACAUUUUGACUCAUACUAUUUUAAAAUUUACAAAAAGUACCAUUGUUGCCCACUGUUUCUGCCUCCUUUGGUAACUAGAAAUCACUUGAUUUUUGGGUUUGUAAGCAAAAUAAACUUUGGGACUUUGUUCUACCUAAUAGAUUUUUUUUUUCUGUGUGCCAUCUCCUGCAGUUGCUGCUUUACCUACCUACUGAGAGCAAAUCUAGAUUUCUGUGAACAAUGCAAUUGUUUUCCUCUUACACUACAGCUUGGUGCUUAGUGUUGUACAACACUGCAUCAAAGGAACAUUACAUUCUGCCUUACGUAAUUUGAUGCAGGUGACUUAAUUGCCAUAAUGAACUGUAUGAAACCAAGUAUUAAAAAAUUUUUGUUCUUCAGUGCGUAAGGGAAAAUGCAGUCACAAAGCUAAAAUCUUUCUUUUGAAAGAACACAAAAUCUUGUGUUCUGAGAGAGGGAUGGCAAAUACUGAAGGGCCAUGCUUGAACUGAUUCCUUAGGUUUGGGGUUUGAGUGGUUGUGCUUGGGAUGGGGAUAACUAGAUGUGUGCUUACCUUUGGAACAGAGUGGUGGCCAUUCCAUUUAGAAAGGAACACAGGAAUGUGUCUAGUUGCUUCAGUGAUAAUUAUUGUUGUUUUUUUUAAAUCCAUCACCUUUGCAUAACUCUCUGCACCUCAUGCUCUGGCCAUUGGAUUAAAACCAAAUAAAUAUAAUGGACAAUAUUUCUUUAGUGUCUUGUCUUCAGCCACCAGUGGAGAUUGCUAUGUCUACUGUGCACACACACACAAAGUGCAAUUCCUAUUUGGUUUAUUUUUAAGCACUGAUCUCAGGUUGCAU